ACCACACAAAUAUCUUUUAAAAAAAUUUAGACCACAAAUUUAAAAAAAAAAAAAAAAACUUUUCUUUAUUAAACUUUAUGUCAACUCAAAUGCCACAUAAAUUGUGACGGAGCUGAGUACAUUAUUUCUCUUGUUGCUCCGUGAACGUAAAAGGAAAUAAACUAAAGAAAAAAUAAAAAUCUCUGCCCUGUAAAUUAUCAAAAAGGAAAUAUUCGAAAAGUGACCAUAAUGGGACCUCGAAUUGGGUAUUGCUAAAAAGGCAUUUGGAUUUGGAUUGCUGCAGAGGUUGACUCAUGAUCAUGACUAAAACAACUAAAAAAAACUGCUGCUUUAUACUUAAACCAUAAUUCUGGAGAAAACCUAUUCUGAAAGAUUUGGACAUUGAGAAAAAUUGGGAGGGCAAAUUGUAGAAUGGGAAAUGAAAAUACAUAGUGGAAGCAAAGAAUGAAGAGGAAGGAAUAGUGUUUCUUCUCUUGCAAAAAUGCUAUCCCAUUCUUGUGGCUGUUUCGGAACCUGGAAGUCAUUUUCGCGAAGAGUACAUAUGAAUAUGAUGGAAAUCCAUGUUGUAGAGUCUGCAGCAAGGAAGAUGGAAGAAUGUAGGAUUUGCCAUGAUGCUGAUGAAGAUUCUAAUAUGGAGAUUCCCUGUUCUUGCCGUGGAACCCUCCAGUAUGCACAUCGCAAAUGUGUACAGAGGUGGUGCAAUGAGAAGGGGGACACCAUCUGUGAAAUCUGCCGCCAGAAUUUUAAGCCAGAUUAUACAGCACCAGCUCCUCUUUUUUGCGGAUUUCCAACGAACAUGAGAGGAAACUGGGAUAUUUCCAUGGGUGUGGUUGAUUAUCCUCAUUUUGCUGCAUUGGUUUCUGCAGACCACAAUUUUAUGGAUUAUGACUCAGAUGAGUAUUCAGCAUUUUAUCCCAGAAGUUUGAUAUGCUGCCGUAUUGUUGCCAUAACUUUUGUGCUUCUACUGAUGUUGCGUACAAUGCUGCCAAUAAUAUUUGGUGUUGCUGGAGAUAACUCGGUAACAUUGGUCAUGUUGUAUGUGUUGAAAAUCAUUGGAAUCCUACUGGCAAUCUAUGUAUUGGUGAAAGCUUUAAUUGCUGUUCGACGCCGAAGGCAUCAACAGGAUCUUCAUCACUCUCAGAUUGUCUCGUCGGAUGAAGAAUAUGAAUUACCAUUACAACAGCUUCGGCACUCUCAGAUUGUCCCAUUGAAUGAUGAGAAUGAACUACCACUACAUCCACCUCAGCCACAUAUUAUACAUGUCUAAUGAACCCUUAGCUUAAAAGACUAUUAUCUCAACACCAUUGAGAAGCUGCAGGUGGUGGUCCUCCGUAAAUGUCAUCAGCUCACUGCUCCAUGAUUGAGUAUUCUUCUGUUGCGAUUCAACCAAAAGAUGGUUGAGUUGUUGCCAGUCAGAUUAAGCAAAGCUGCAAAAAAGAAAUCACAUGCUCUCGCAUAGCAGUGUCUGCUUUCGAGAAGUUUCUAGCUCGCUUUAAAUAUCUGGUACUCCAUCCAACAUCAGAUUCACUGUAAUAAUACUAGAAAGAGACCUGUAGAAUAUAGCAGAAAAACAAAUGAUAUCACAGCAUCGUCAAAUUUACAAUACAUCCCUAUGUACGGGCGUGAAUAAUUCCCAGUUCCGCAUUGUACGAAGAAAGCCAAGCUCAGGCAUAACUUAUCAUGUUGGAAUCUUAGCAAGACUCAUUUUCAAAUGAAUUUUAUGACAUUUAAAUUGGUUUACAACAUUGAAGCAUAUUAACUACUACAGUAGUAAGUAUAUAUCCGAUGCGACUAAUCAUUCCGGAGAGAAUAAAGGGAAAUACUUAUAUACAUGUGUUCGACUAAAAAGUACAUGUUUUAUUCGUUUGGUUUAAUCUGGUGAAUGCAAUCAUUUUAGUAAGACAGAUACACUUAAAAAAAAUCGACGCCUGACUCAUGAAAAAACAUUUUUGGGAAGUUGAAUCAAGGUUGAGUAUCAGCAUUGUAAUUAUACUCAGCAACAUCCAGAAAGAAUUACGUUAAGGAUAAUGUUGACCUCA